AUGGCUCGCAGCGCAGCGGGUGACCCAGAUGUAGUUAUCAGCACCGAAGCAGCGCGCGUACUGCAGGCAUUUGAGAAGCUACCAGGUGUGGUGACGAAACUUUCAGACGCCGAGAGAACUGCUGAUAAACUGUACACUGAUGUGUCGAGCGCAGGUAAUGCUGUUUUUGCAAUCGACAGCGCGGAGAUUGCGUCCAAAUGCCUCGACAAGAACACUGCCAGCACAUCCUUAUCUGUGAUCCAGGAACUAAAGAAGGCCGCGAAUGAAGCUGUUGAAUUAACACAGGCUGCAGUGGAAGACGCAGAGAAUGCUUCGAGAGCCGCUGAAGAGGCAUCAAAACACGCUGGAGACGCCCUCAACAGCGCUGAGUCACAGCUCGAGCAGAUCGACGCUGCGUUGAAGGCUCUUAAAAAACGAGAGAAGGAGCCUGAGUCGUCAUCUGCUGAUGUUCAGGCUGCGCCACCUCCACCUUCGGAAUCGCCAGAUGACGAGUCGCACAGCCAGAGUCUCCCACAGGAUCCACCGAGCAGUACCUCCACUGCUGAGAAGCCUUCUACACAACAAAAAGCUGGCACCACAGCGACGGACACAGCGCAGUCGCCAUCGGAACCAUCGGAGAAGGCGACAGCCGCAGAAUCCAUCGAGAACAAUGGUCCCAACACCCUGAGUGAUGCCCGGAAUACCGACAGCAGCGUCAGUCCUUCGUGGGUGCGUACACCGUUGCUGCUGGUUGUUGGUGUGCUGGGCCUCCUGGCUGUGUGCUGA